ACACACACACACACAGGCACACACAGACACACAGACACACUCACACACACACUAACACACACAUGCCCCGCUGUAGUUUAGAUCACAUUCACCCUGCAGCGCGUCUGCUUUCAGAUGGCGACACGCAUGCCGCUCCGCCCGAUCUUUACCCAGAAGCCCCAGCGCUAGGCGUCAGGCUGUCAGCUUUGAUGACGUGUUUGGAGGCGGAGUGAAUGACUGUGGCGUCUUGUUGGUUGCAGAGUUUUGUGCACACUAAGAUAUUUGUAGGCCUGGAGCAGUUGCAGCCGUCCUUUAACGUGAGAGAGUGUGUGGAGGGGCCGUCUGGCUCGUACCUGCAGCACAUUCAGUCUGAGACCGGCGCUCGUGUGUUCCUCCGAGGCAGAGGCUCCGGAUACAUCGAGCAGGCGUCACGCCGCGAGUCCUUCGAGCCGCUCUAUCUGUACAUCAGCCAUCCGAACGCCAUCGGACUGGACGCGGCCAAGAAGCUGUGCGAGAAUCUCCUGGACACGGUGCGGGCGGAUCACGCGAGGAUCAUGUCGUCGUAUCCCUCCACUGCUUCUGCUCCAGGUGUGUUUUCUCUCCUGCUUUGACCUGAUGCUCGUGUUCUGAACUGAAUCACCAUGUUUACACACACUUAAGGAAACGGUUGCAGAAGGACUUCAUGUUUUAAAGAUCACAGCGAGCAGCUUUUUGCUGUGCAUGUAAACAACCGCAGCAGAUGAUGUCUGCAACAUGAUGUUUCUGAAACAGUUUAGCUCGACUGACACACAGCUAUUGAGAUUUAUUUGGCUGUAUAAUAUACUGACGCACAUCAGAUUUUCUCCC